GCUUCCUAUUAAUACCAGCUGCCAUGACCGCCAAGGCGUACGUCGAUGGCCUCCUCCGCGACGCCUGCGCCAACGUCGUUGCUCGCGUCGCGGACGACCGACCGUCGAUCCCCGAGCCCCCCGACGACGAUGACAACGCUCCGAACGAGAUGGACGCGUCACCGGACGAGGAAUUUGUCCCUUGUUGGCAGCAGGAGCGAGACGAGACCGAUGCGGACGACCCAUGUGUCGGGUGGUCCACGUGCGAGGUGGCCCAUGACGUGGCGACGGCUUUUGUCGAUGCAAUACUGGCGUCAGAGCAGCUCUACCUCCGAGCCAGCCCCGAACGUUGUGAGGAGCUAGAGCCUCUUCUAGACCCACCGACCCUGCAGGAAUUGCGUGCUCCAAACGACGAGCCUCCCAGUAGUGGCCCGAUCGACGAGCCGUGUGCUGAAAUCGAACCACCCACCACAACACCCACGGUCACGGACGACGCUGUUCCUGCGAUGCAAGCAUCUUCAUCCGAGAGCGGUUCCGCCACUGCAAGAGACGUCACCACUGCUCCGUUGCCAGUCCAAGCACCGUCACCCGUGCAAGUAUCGUCACCGCUCAAAGCUCCGAAAGCUAUUCACAAGGCGGGUCGGCCGUACCCCGUGGCCCCUUCGACGACCAAGCCAGCGACUACGCGGACAAAGCGACCGAUGCCGCCGUCCAUCGGACUCAAGCAACUCACGCCACCCCCCUCCUUUGCGUCGCUGGACAUCUACCCCCAAGUGCUCACCGACGUCUCAAUCUUCCCCGCGAGUCCGCGCAACGACAACCAGCCCGACGCCUUCGCAUCCGCGUGCACCAAGCCGCCGUCGAUGGCCAAGAGCUCACCAAAGAAGCUCGACCCGAUCGUCUUCCGCGGCGGCAAGUACAAGGCGUACUUUGCCUCUGGUCGCAGCGACGCGUCUCCUCGGGCCCGGCGUCUCAAGGCCGACGCCAUUGUUACGACAACGCGUCACCACGACGGGUCGCCCGGGCCCCACCACCAAGUGUCGGGGUUUUGCCGGCAGUGCCUCCUCUACGGCGACAUGCGCAAGCUCGCCGAGUGCAGCGAACACAACUAUUUCCCGCCCAAGUCGAUCGCGUAGACGACAAUGUGUACAUCAACAGAAGAUAGUAUGCUAAAUAUCAAGCAACGUCGUACAAGCCA